AUGUCUGGUCUCGGAAAAGGUGGAAAGGGCGGAAAAGGUCUUGGAAAAGGUGGUGCCAAGCGUCAUCGUAAGAUUCUUCGUGACAACAUUCAAGGUAUCACUAAGCCUGCCAUUCGUCGUCUUGCUCGUCGUGGUGGUGUCAAGCGUAUCUCUGGUUUGAUUUACGAAGAAACCCGUGGUGUCCUCAAGGUCUUCCUUGAAAAUGUCAUUCGUGAUGCUGUCACCUACACUGAGCAUGCCAAGCGCAAGACUGUCACUUCUCUUGAUGUUGUCUAUGCUCUCAAGCGUCAAGGACGUACUCUCUACGGUUUCGGUGGUUAA